CAUAGUCCAGGAUGAGUGGUACUUUUGUAAGUCUCACUCUACUUUAGUACAUUGCAUUUAGUUUUAAACCCGAUUAGAACCAGAAUCAUGUUUACACGGAAAUUCCUAAGUUCUCUUGAAAACAAUUCGAGACAUGUAUUUCAAACUAUAAACUACCGAAAGAAUCGCCCGUUCUCCACUGGUAUUUCUCUUCAAGCGCCAAACACACAGAAUUCCAAUGUUAGGAAAAACGCGGGUUUUCAAAGACGGAGCGAUUCUUUUAUCCCACCUUUUUUAGUACCAAAUGUUACUGAAGGCCAGGUAUACUCACCAAGCGACUUGAAGUUUGAAACUGUGGAAGCACGAAAUCAAGGUAAUUUCUUUAAUCCCAAAAGACACGAUUGCUUUAAGGCUGUCAACAAAAGUCCCUUAGAAUUUUGGAAAAAUCCUGUUGUAUUGUCAAAUUUCAUCACUGAGUUAGGCCGUAUCAAGCCAAGAGCUGACACGGGUCUCAGUGCAAAGAACCAAAGACUUGUAUCGAGAGCCAUUCGUCGGGCCAGAGCAGUGGGCGUCUUACCUACAAAGCACAAAUCAGUAUAUGCAGAACGAGAAAAAUAAUAGGCGCGUUCACUUCUAUGUAUAUGCUGGAAACCCAUCACUGUUGUCAAAGAAUGACAAGAGAAGUGCGAAAUACAUAACCAACAAAAGGCUGGAGUAUAGUGUUAUGUUGUUUACAGUAAGUAAACAGUGAGGCAGCUUGGCACUGCAAAGUUGCAUAGAUACUUAUUUUGUGAACAUUUUUUUAAGCACUGGAUUGCUAAUGAAAACUUUUGCUAAUCCUGUUAAAUCGUAUGAUAAUUAAUCUAAUAUUAAAAAAGUUUAAGCUUUUUGUUUUUGUUCCAUGUAUUCUCGCAGGAUACUGAAGAAAAGUCAAUAGGUCAAAGUAUAAAUAAUAGGCUAGGAAUCAAGCCAAAAAAAGAUAAAUAGACUAAAUAAAAAUAAAGGUAGUAGAAACAUUCUUUUCUAUGGUGUUGGU